AUGUUGAUUAAAGUUAAAUUCUAUGGUAUAUUUCUGCUGGUGUUGCUCCGUCUAGUUUCAAUCAUAACUAACGAGUCUAGUAGUACUGCUGCUGAUUCUGAAUUUACACCACAUGCUUCUAGUCCAUUAUUCCUUCAUUCAUCUGAUAUACCUGGGAUGUCCUUAGUUGUUGUUUCCUUUUCUAGUUGUGGCUUUGGUGGGUGGAGAAGGAGCGUUAUUACAUCCUUGUCGGCUAGGAAUAAAAUUACUUUCAUUGAUGGUAGUUUUCCAAAGUCAACCGCUAGUUCUCCUAAGUCUAAACAAUGGGACAAGUGUAACAACAUGGUUAUAUCCUGGCUAACCAGUUCACUCACACCUGAGAUUGCUGAGAGUGUGCAAUAUUCUGACACCGCUGAAAGCAUCUGGAAACAGUUGAACAAUAGGUAUGGAAUUAUUAAUGGAACAAAGAAAUUUGAAAUAAAAAAGGAAUUGGCUUCCACGUGUCAGGGACCUCUUGAUAUAGCUUCUUAUUUCAACAAGUUAAAGAAAUUAUGGGAUGAAUUGGGGACUAUGGGUUCAAAUCAUGUAAAUACAUGCAUUUGUGAUGCAAAGGAGGGUUUGUUGAGGGAAGAUGAAGAAAAUAAAGCUCACCAAUUCUUAACGGGCCUGAAUGAAACUUAUAUAACUGUCAGAAGCAACAUUCUCAUGAUGAAUCCACUCCCUUCACUUGAUAAUGUGUAUAACAUUCUUCUGGAAGAUGAAAAGCAGAGACAAAUAACUCCUAAUACUCAUUGUACACCUGACCUAGCAUCUUUUAAUGCAAAUACAAUUACUCCUACUAGGUUUCCUCAUCAUUUUCAGUCCCAAAGGCGGUACACUCAAAAGGUCAAUUUUGACUCACCUAAUCAGAGGUUGGUUUCUAAUCAGAACAAAGACUUAUUUUGCAAGUACUGUAAAAAGAGUGGUCAUACAAUUGAUAAGUGUUAUAAAUUGAUUGGAUCUCCACAAGGUUUCAAGUUUACUAAGGGAAAAAGGUUUGGGACUGCUGCAAAUGCUGAGUCUUCCACUUCUAAAAACUCUAAUUCUCCUACAACAUCUGGUUUCAAUGGUCUAGUUUCUAGCAUACCUAGUCUUACCAUGGAGCAGUAUUCCCAACUCUUGAUUUUGCUUCAACAAUCCAGUCUUGUUGAUUCCAAUUCUCAACCCAACUUUGUGGGGUCUCCUAACUUUGUUGGUAGUAAUCUUUCUUUGCCUGAGUUUAAUGGUGUUGCUGAUUAUUCUGCUUGCAUGAAGAAGCUUCUGGUUCUUGGUAAACUGGACCAAGGGCUAUACAAACUUCAUCACCUUCCCACUUCAUCCCCUUCUGGUUCUGCUUUGAAUAAUGUUGUGCAGAAUGUAUCUAGCUAUACUCUGAAUAAUACUUUGCAGACUCUGAAUCCUCCAUCUUUGAAUACUUCU